AUGUCGCCCGAUGAAAUUUCACUGGUGUUGCGGUUAGCCGUGGUGUUGGCCAUGCAGUCAUCUUUUGGCGUCCUGGUGGCCAUGCUUGCACCACCCUGUUCAACAUGGAUAAGUGUACCGAGUGGCGAUGUGGAUGCGUUUGUGGGGUGGGAGCUCGCCCAAAAGAACUCUUUUGGUGGAUAUGCAGACUCCCACAAGCAGGCUUAUCCAAGCCGUUCCCUGCAGCUCCUGGUCCACAGCAGAGCUUGGAGGCACAAUUCAGAACUGGAGACCCUUGUGAAGCAGGGGGCCCUGCCACCUGCAGUGAAGGGGAUCCCUUCGCCACAGCAAAGUCUUUCAGCCUCAGCCAGCGCAGAGGUACCCACAGGUUUCCCAGAGACCCAACGUGACAACGAUUCGGAUGAAGAGUUCAUUUCCAACAAAAAGACAGUGGUUUCCAACGUCUAUGCACCUCAGGGGUUGGUUACUCCACAACAGCCCCGGCCCAAACCGAGCCCCACUUCAGCACCACAGGUGGCCAGGAUCCCUGUGUUGUCAGAGAGUGAAAGAAAGGCAAUUAUGGCUGAGCCAAACAGGUUGCCAAACCCAGAUUCCCCAAAUGCUAGCCCAGGAACCAUUUCCAAUUCCGAUGGGACCAUUCAAAGUUAUCCGGGGACCCAUGUGGAGGCAGAACCCUUUGAGGCUGAUUGGGAUGAGAUUCCAGAUAUCAGUGAUGCAUUGGCCCCACGGUUCAAAACACAUGAACACCAUCUGACACCGGAAGCCAUCCGGAGUCGUUCCAAGAGAAUUUUCACCAAACGGGCUGAUGGUAGCAAGAAGGUAACCAUCGAGGGCGAAUUUGUUACCCAAGCCACUAUGGAAUCUUGGGGGUGGUCUGAGCAGCGCAUAGAAGCCGUCAAGAAGCACUGCCGAUCCCAGCCAAAGAAGCUCUUGAGGCGUGAUACCUACCAGCAAAUCACCUUGUUCUAUGUCGAGAAGGCCGUGAAGGGAAGCUACAAGCAAGCCUCCCGAGUGGAGGUCACGAAGCGAGCCCGCUUGCAUGAGAAGGGUAUUGGUGGAAUGUCCCUCAGCCAUGAGGGCCCCUUUGCUGAUGGACAAGAAGGCAAUGAUGAUGUUGACCUGACGAAGUCGGAUGACGACACCAAUGACGAUGCAGGCAUCAAGUUGAGGAAACAGCUUGGCAUCCCGGAGGCUGACCCAGAUGCUUUACCCAGUGCAUCCCUGAACAAGACUGCGUUGGCAAAGCGGAUCAGCAAGGUCGCCGCAUUCAAGGUAAAGUUUGUGGCUCCACAAGAUGGGCAGCUGACAGAAGUGCAAACCAGGCUGGCAGCGGCCCUGAGUGCUUCAGUGACAUCGCUAGAGGAGAUUCACACGGAGAUAUCGAAUGCCUACUCCAAGGGUGUGGUUCAAGGAUUCAAGAGAGAGGAAGAGGAAGAUCUGAAGAAAUUGGUUGACAAGGCUAUGACCAGGCCUUUUCAGCCCAAGCAGACCUCUGCUGAGCCCAAAGCGAAGGCGAAGGCCCAUGGGAAGGCGAAGCCGAAGCCGAAACCUCAGAGCAGACGUGCGGCAAAGGAAGAACACCGUUCCCCUGACCAUAGCAAGGGCCAGGGCAAAGGUGCAAAACAUCGACCAGAACCGCCUGGAGAAACUGCGCACAACUAUGCGGAGGUUUUAGCUGAUGGCGCUCCAGCUGCUACACUUUCUCAUUUUGCUGCUGUAGCAAGAGAGGAGGUGCAGCCAGGUCUCAGCGGAGAACGUAGUCGCAAAAAUGCAAGCCGUGAUGCACAUUAUUUUAUCAACAAAUGGGGCUUGACUUGGAAAAUUCCAUUGUCCUAUGUGGAUGUGGAGCAUGAUGGUGAAACAGUGAAAUUUGCUUACAUCAAACCAUUGGACUUCUUGAACUACUUGACACAAAAAGCACCUGAAUUGUUGAUGGGUGGUUGCCCCAACCUGGAUGAUGGGCAAGCGCAGCUGGAAUCAUUCUGGAAAGCUUAUUCCCAUAUACACCCGACACACUGUCUUUUCAAAGAACAAAAGUCUGAGCGUUCUUUAUCCAACACUUUUGCUUUGGCGAUUCAUGGAGAUGAGGGACGUGGUUUGAAAAGAGGCAACACCACCAUUCUUAUGAUGGAGACUUGCGUGGGGUUGGACACUUGGGCCAACUGGGUCAACAAAAAGGGUGCUUCGACUUGCGAGGAUUGUAGCCUUGAUGAGCCAGCCAGGAAAAGGUUACGCUUGGACCAUAGUGCCCCAGCUUCAGCCAUGAACCCUGCCUGCUAUCAGACUACGAACUUGAAACAGCAUUCUUUCUUGACAAAAUUUGUUUUGGCUGCGCUUCCUAAGAAGAACAAGGAAUUAGUAGAUGCAGUUUUGACUGAGAUCGUCCGGGACUUCAACAUUUUGUUUGAAACUGGAUUUUGCAGUGGUGGCCGUCGGUGGUUUGGAGCAUGUACUGGCAGCAAAGGGGACUUGAAAUGGGUGCAGCGUAUUGCUGAACUUGAGCGAUCAUUUGGCUCCCAAAUUUCCAUUGGCAAACCAAUGUGCCAUGAAUGCAUGGCAGGUACUCCUGAGCUACCAUUUGAAGACUCAACCCAUGAGCCGUUGUGGGGUCCAACUUGUUACACUGUCCGUCCCUUUUCUGUGAAGCCAAUUUUGUGUCACAUACCGUUUGAAUACGAAGGUGGGGAUGAUAAUCCUCCCUACGAACGGUUUUUUCGCCGGGACAUUUUCCACAAUACGAAGCAGGGAGUAUACAGAGACUUCAUUGCCAGUUGCGUGAUGCUCCUGGCCAAGAUGCACUACUUUGAUGUGGAUGGUGAAAGUAAUCGUCGUGAUGUCUUGCUGGACAGGGCCUAUUUUCAUUUUCGCUGGUUUUGCAAGACCACUGAGAGGACACCUGCGCUCAGAGGUUUUUCCCUCUCUUUCUUCAACAGUCCUUCAUGGCAUGCGUUCCCUUGGGUGAACUGUAAGGGGUCUGAUACUUCACACUUGCUGGCUUGGGUGCAUACUAUGCUCGUUGGGUUUCAAAACGCACCGCUGAAGGAUGAAGAUUCGACUGUUUUGAAACACAUGGUGAAUGCAGCUGACUCAGCCAGAACCUUACAAAGGAUCUGCUACUCCCACCACCUAUGGUUGAACAAAGUUUGCGGUGGCAAAUUGUACAAAGAAAUGCAUGCAUUUGCUCGCAAUUACAAUGCUUGUGCUUUUCUUGCGAUGCACAAGUAUGGCUUUACUGGUUUUGGUAUGAAAUCUAAGUACCACCUGAUCUGCCAUGCGAAACUUGAUGUAUUGAAGGUACUACAAAACAGAGAUGCUUCCCUCGUCCCAAAUUUGCAGCUGUUCGGAUGUGAAAUGAAUGAAGACAUAGUGGGAAAAAUUUCAAGACUAAUUCGUAGAGUGUCAGCUCGGACUGCUUCGUCACGUGCUCUUCAGCUCUACUUGACAAAGGCCAAAUCGGUGUACCGACGAUUCAGGAAACAACAAAUGAAGUUGAAAUGCCAAAGGAUCACCCGGUGA